AUGGAAUACUUCAGUCUAACGGCCGGCCCAAACACCGAUUUAUGGCGGAAACCGCCCAACGGCGAUACUUCGACCGCGCCCAUCGUCUUCACCUCACUCCGCCACCCAUUCGUCAUCGCCGAAGUAACCGUGAGCGCUGACUGGGAAAUGGAAUGGGAUCAGGGCGGCCUGGUUAUUUUCGCCGGCGCAGCUCCGCAGUCCGACACAGCCGCUCUAUCCCGCCGAACAGGUGGGCCCAACCCGCCCUGUAAAUGGGUGAAAGCAGGCAUGGAAUUCUCGUCCGGCAACGUGAAUGCCUCCAGCGUGAGUGCAACGGCCGAUGGCGCAGACUGGUGUUUAUCUCCGCUCGUUCAGACAGUGCCCGGUCCCGCGGUCCAGUCUAUACGCAUUAAGCUCGAGCGCAUCGGCCACGCCUUGUGGAUUUGGUACCAGGUUCCAUCGGCGUCACCGUAUGCCCUCACGCCCGGAGCGGUGGGAAGUACGUGGAAGAAGUUGCGCGAAGUUACCUGGUUUUUCUACGGGGUGGAGGAUAAGUUCGUGCAUGUGGGUGUUUAUGCGAGUCGGCCAACGAGUCUCGGUCGUGGACAGACCAUGUGGGAUGCUAUGCAUGGGGUUCCAUUGGAAGGGGCAUCGGCGACUGGUUCGUCCGAUGGGUUGGUGGUGGAAUUUGAAGAUCUGGAAAUCAUCUAG